AUGCUAAUCGUUUCCCAGAUGCCUCCAAGCCGCGGACUGAACGAGACCUUGCAAGACUCGGCACUUGAAAAGGGCGUUGAGAAGUUGUGUCAGGAACUCGACAGAACUAUCAAGGCAAAAGGCACGGAAGGAAUCGCUGAAGACACUCUAGAAUCAAUCCAUGCUACCCUGCACACGACGAAGGCAACGAAAGCCAUAACUGAGACAGCCGUGAGGGGUCUUCUUUCAAUGUUAGAGAAUGAUCGCGGCGAGUUGUGUUGUCCUUUCGAUGUGAAAGCUUUCUGUGUCAUUCUUGAAAUUGCACUCAGAAGCGAGGAGUGUCGAGAAAGUGAGCGUGUUCUCGUUCUGCUUGCCAAGGAACUUCACACGCAAUCAACACCUCAGGAAACUGAGAGCUCCCACGGUAUUUUGGUCGAGAUUUCAAAGCAAGUGAACGUCGCUCGCCUUAUUGAGUACUUUGUCGAUCGUUCGAGGCCAGACGGAAUGAGAAGAUGGGUUGGUAUCAUCAUGCAACAGCUUCUGAGAGGCCCAGAGGCAGUUUCUGAGCAAUUUCAACAUACACCCGAGGACGUCAGACGCAGCAUUGGUCCCAUGAUUAUCAAUGAAGAUAAUGAAAUCCUCAGAUUGAUUUGUGGACGGGUUUUUGCGUUACUACUAAACGCUGAUGUUCUGCCCGAAGAACUCUGCCCUGUGAAAACUGACAAAAGGGAAUACGAGGAUUUUCCAGUUGAGUUGCAGAAUUUGAAUGAGUGGAAAUCGCAAUUCCAGCAGUGGGUAGACCGGAAGUGGCCCGAUAAUGAAAGCCAAACACCACCGCAUAUGCUUUACUAUAGUCUUGGAGUUGUGACAAUACCACCAUUUCGAUUGGGAACAUUGGGUGAGAGUAUAGAACUGGUUCUAGAAGACGGCUAUAUCCUUCUACUGAAAAGCUCUACGGAAGAAGAAUUGGAUCAGAUACUGCAAGUACCAUGCAAGUCUAUCUCCCGAGUUUCUGUCAUCGAUAGCUCUAUUAUAAUCAACGGAAGAGAAGUUUACGAUAUUGUUUUUGACAUCAAGAAUAAGCAAGAGCAUUCUUCUUAUCUAAAUUCCCGACCUACCACUCUUCAACAACUACGUUUGACCACAGAUUCAAAUAGAAACGAACUAAUGAUCGAUCUUCACGAUGAAUGUCCCGAAGCAGAGUUCCAACCGGAGAGGGUUCAAGUUUCUCAAGCUGAAGAUGAUAUACUAGUUCAAGGAAAGGGAAGUUCGCCAGCUGCAGAAAGUUACGAGCGGCCCUCGGAAGACGAGCAUCAACCAGCAACAAGUGAUCCAAUAACGGAAUCCGAGGACGAAGCGCUAGAUUCCCUGUUUAACCUCGAUCGUCAGUUUCAAGCCGGAAGUUCUCGACAUCAAGAAGAUAAAACCAUAUCUUUGAACGUGAAUGAUAAAUUGGAACAGUCCCAACAAAAGUCGAGCAGAGAAUGUGCAGCGAACAAAGUCGAUUUACCUCAGCACGGUGAUGUUUUGAGCUUCAGCGAUUCGCCUACGAUGCAUACCCAUCGAAAGAAUAUUCCAUCAUUCAACGAAACUUUAGGAACAGACGACAAGAGUUUUGAAAUAAGUGGCCAGGCACUUCUUUUGAGGCAGACAGACAAAUCUCGCCCCCAAAUCUCUCAACCUCUACCAAUAAUUGCAACCAAUGUCAACCAUGCUGUCAAGACUAAAGGUAAAGUUUCUGCAAGUCAAAAAAACGGAAGGGAAGCACUCGUACCAGAAGCACAACCAAGUACUUCUCAAGCACCACCAAACCAGAAUGCCAAUUUGAAAGUUAAUAAACUGUCAAAGAAGUAUGCUGUUAAACCCAAGACACCAAUCGUGGGCCUGAAGAGCGUUAAAGUGAAAACUCCUCUGCCAAGUGUGCCAGAGCCAGUAAUAGCGACUUCAAACAAGAACAAAUCCGAUGAGGGAUCUGCGCUAGUCCAGACACAUAUUUAUGAUUUGCCUGAGAUCAACGACGACGGAAGAGAAUCCAAGACGGACAGUCAAACUAACCAGGGGACAAGAAAAAAGCCUGCUAGUUCGAAACAAAAGGGCAAAUCCGUUGUAAAAGGCAAGGGAAAGAAUACAAAGACCUACCAAAAAGCUAAGCCCACCCAAACGGCAGUCGCGGAACCUAUAGUCGUGAAGAGGAUUAGCCAAAGAGCGGCUGCUAGUCAAGCCAAACUUAGCAUGAGCAAAAUCAAUGACGAUUUGGAGGAGAUUGAAGAUGACUUUUCUGAUGGGAGAGACAGUGGACCAGCGCAGCCCAAUGUCUCGCGAAAGCGUAAGACGGCGGAGCAGCCAGCUGAGCCAGCUUUAUCGGAGAUCAAUUUUGCUUCAGUACUAGAGUCGGCUGCAGAGGAAGAUAAGGAGGCCUUUGUUCUCCAGCAGCAAGAUGCUCAGGUACUAAGUCUAGUUGAUUACAGUCUCUCUUCUGGAGACCCAUUCGCAGUGGAUGAUUUGUACUCUGCUAGUCCGCCGAGACCAAAGGAUCAACAAGGUUAUCCUCAAGAAACCCCCACAAAGCCUUCUCGAAAGACGGCAGCCGUGAAUUUCGCCAGCCAAUUGGAUGAUCUUUUGAGCGAUGAUACUAAGGGCGAUAAAAAGACCACUCACAUCAAAAAUCUGAACAAGAGUCUCUUCAAGACAAACUUAUCUCCCAGUACACCACCGGAAAAGUCGGGAAAACUUCAGUAUAGCACAUCAGAAAGUUGCUUGGGUGUCAUAAACAAAGACUUGCCAGAAACCGUGGUCGAGGAUGCUGAAUAUCAUAAUAGUCACAAAGACCGAGAUACAGAUUUAGAAAAACUACAGUUAGAGGAUGGUAACUCAAGCCAGCCAGCUCAACGUGUUAAAGAAGUGGCACUCGCCAUUCCAUGCGAGACGAAAGCCAAGAAAAGUCAAAUGAUCAAAAAGACAUAUGAUCUCAAAAAACUGACAGACACUAAGCUUCCUACCAGAGCAGACGAGAAGAUCAUUACGAAGAUGGACGAGUAUGUACUCACCGCAGAUAUAACCGAUCCAGUACUUGCAAUUCCAAGCCACUCCUUGAGCAGAUUUUCGAUUAACUCAAAGCAGGAAGCGAUUCACGGACCAGUUGCUACAAAGGCGUCAGCUUCCACUGACCAUCAAUUAGAAGGCCUGCAAACUCUACAACUACAAGAUGUAAAUUUGGUCGAGGAAAAAAAGCGUAAGGUUGCAACAGAGAUUGCUCUACCGCCUAAACGCCGUAGACAGAUUGCGACAAAUAACUCAGGAAGCCCUUCAAUCUCACCAUCUGGUCCUCGCGCACAAGGAAAUGCAUUUCCCGAAAGCUUAGCUAGCGAAAGUAGAGCUCUACUUGAUGAUCGAAGUAUUCGCAAACCAAAGUUUAUACACUUUAACGCUAAAGGUGCACAAAAUCAGGGUUCUUCUGGUACGUCCAUGCCUGUUACAAAACGAGAUCUUAAGCUAGACACCAAAACAUCAAAUACUGCGAGAGUCAAGUCGCAAGACAUGUUAAAGAGUAAACGAAGACAUGAUGAUCAUCAUGACUCAGACCAAGAAAGUUUGUUUGUUUCUCAAAGUCCACCCAGGAAGCGUCAAAGUGUUAGCCCGCCGAACGUAGCUUUACCAACAGAUACACCGAUCCUAGCAGAUGAUAAAAGUAGUCCUAGAAUUCCCACAGCUCUCAAAUCAAGCUCACAAGGAUCUCGAGUGGAUGCAUUCGGUAGCCCACAAGCACAACACAUUGUACCUUCCAUUAGUCAUGCUCUCAGAGUCGAGCGAAGAGAAGCAGCACCAGAGUUUGGCAAGGCAGGGUCACAGACUAUGGACUCGCACCAGGAUUUACCUGAAAUCAAAGUUCUAUCUCCUGGAUUUGAUGCCAAGGAUGCUCCAGAGCUUUUUGGUCCGCCUAUCAAGGUAGUAAGCAUACCGAAAGCUCGCCCUGCUCCACCAGGAGAGUCUUCUGUUCGAUACGUCCCGCAUACAAAGACUCAGAGCGGAUCUUAUAAAGACAUUUCAACCAUGGAGAACAUACAAGAGGUAAAAGUUCUGCCGGAUCCGUUCGUUGAUGUCGCCCAUCACAAAUUGAGUGGAUUUACAGAACGAUUACGGGCACGUGAAGCUGAUGGAGGCUUGAGUGUUCGUUCCAGCGAUCCCGACAAAACUCUAGUGGAGUUUACAGAGCAAAGCUAUGAUAGAGAGUCAUCUUCACCGAGUGUAUUGUCGAGUAAUUCGUCUUUUCGAUCGGCCGGUUCCUCAGACACUCCAAGACGAGAAUUAUCACCUUCUAGUCAAUGGUCAAAGGCUGUCAGACCACAUUACAAAGGAUAUGCAGAUACUGUUCAUAAAAUUGCUGAUGAGAUGGUGAUUAGAUUGACCAAUGAAGAAGAUGCAUCAGAGCUGGUCGUUCGUCAAUACAAGGGGAACGCUACGAGUAUGCUAGAGGAUUUAAGUGGCAAGAGAGAUGUGGAGAAGCUCAAUAUACGCCAACAAAUCGAAAACAAAAAGGCAGAAUUGAUUCGAAUGUAUUCUGAAGCUGGGACAGCCGUGAAGCAAAUCGAAAAGGAUAUAAAAACUUCUCCCAUAGGUGAUGUUGAUGGAAAGUGGGAGGAAAGACAAGAGUUCAUACAAAGAGAAUUGAAGGGAGGGAGACGCACAUCGGAUUAG